AUGGCAAACAUCCGUUUGAUUGCAGGAGGAUGCAGCCAGGGGUGACAGUGGCUCUGGCCACAGUCUGGUUAGCAGGCGCAGUUGGGGUAUUUUCUGCCACCCUUUACCCCUCCCAUCCCUCCCUCGAUCAAUACUCCCCCCAACAAUCCCCCAAGCAUCAUGAAGUUACCCAAGAAACUCAGGGCCAUGCAAACUCCAAGUUGCAGGAUCCAAAGGAUCUUCUUACUUCGAAACACAAUCAAACAUCCAACGUGCGCCAACCGAUCGAGAUGUCAAAUUUAAAACCACCUCGAGGGACUUUUCUUCGAGGAUCUCAGGAUAGGUCUUACGGGAUUGGUCCAGAACAAGUUGACUUGAAUCUUUCCAUUAAAGAUGGUAUCCAAGAUGAAAUUCAAUUUAAAGAUGUCGCCGCGCGAAAUUCCAAAAAAAGUUUCAAUAGAAAAGAAUUUACUCGUCAGAAGGAUCUACUUAUUGCUCAACAACAACAACAACAACAACAAAAGAAGAAAUCUGUCUCUGAGGAAGAUUACUCGGAUGAUUAUGAUUCAUUUCAAGAUGAAGGGCCCGGGUCCAUCGAGGUCUAUAAAUUAGACCUUUUCGAGGAGGGCUCACUCUUUGAUGGAAAUCUUUCCAAGAAAAAGGAAGAGGAUGCUUCAAAUAAACUGAGGGAAAAUGAGGAACAAGAGAAUAAUGAAAAUAACGAAAAAAAUGUAAAUGAAAAACGUAAAUCUAGCUUUAACAAAAGUUUAUACGAACCAAAGAAAAAUAUAAUGAAAGAAAAUCAAUCUCAAAUAAUAUCUCAGAUACCAUUUCUAAGAAACUUGAAAACGAGAAUUGAAUCCGGAAUUUUGACACCGGAACUACGUUUUACGAAUAAGUUGGAAGAUCAUUCGGAGAAUGAAUCUUUUGGAAUAGGUGGAGUACCAGAGUUGCAGGUUGGAUGUGAAGGUGUGGAAGCUAGUCUGCGAGACAAGAGAUUUUCAUCUGCAAGUAAGAAAGAUUCGAGUCACGAUGAAGCGCCUUCUCACUAUCCAGAAAAUAUCGUGAAUGUACAGCUCGUCUAUGAAUCAGAUGAAGAUGAAGAUCCUCAAGGUGUAUUUUAUGAGGAGAGGGAUGAGCUCAUAAAGCUGAAAAAGUUGGAGCAGGAACUACAGAACCCACCUCCUCACAGAGGUGACAUUCCCGUUCAUCUGUACGAAGAAUAUGAUAAGAAAGAAAAGUUACCGGUUCGUGGAGAUUUGGCUUCAGCUUUUCUCGAUGCAGAUUGGGAUAUAAUGGCUCAGGGAUAUAAAGAUUCAAAGGACGAUACCCACGCUCGUAAACUUUUAUCAAUUUCUAAAUUAACAGCUCCUUUGAGAAGAAAACGAGAUCUCAAUAGAGAGGAAAUGUGGGGAUAUGGUGAAGAUGAGGGAGUUAUGCCCUAUGAAAACGAAGAUAGAAGAAGGGAGAAGGAAUUACAAAGAGAAGAAGAGGAGCGACGACGAGAGGAUCAGAGAAAGAGGGACGAGGAAAGAAGAAGGGAAGACGAGAGACGUAGAUCUGAUUACUUGCGAUACAGACAAGAGGAAGAGAGGAGGAGAAGUCAGCAUCAUAAUCAUCAUGUUCCAGAAGCAAAUCGAAGAGAAAGGAAUGAAACUUUUAGGGGAGGGGAAAAUGAUCGAGGAGAUGAAGAUAGACGAAGACAUGACGAAAGGCGGAGAAUGGAAGAAGAGUUUCGAAGAACGACUUCUCACAGAAGAAAUUGGCCGAGUAAUGAAAAAGGACAGAAUGAGAACAGAAGAAGAGUCAAUUCUUCUUCUGAAGAAGAAAGGAGAAAUUUGGACGCUAGAAGGAGGUCUGAUGAAAAUAGAAGAUUGGAAGAACAGAGAAGAGCGCAGGAGCAGAGAAGAAGACCCCAAGAAGAUAGAAGACAGGAUGAAAGGAAUAGACACCAAUCGCCUAGAAGACAAGAUGAAAGAAGACGAUACGAGGAACAAAGACACAGAGAAGAAGCCGAAAGACGGAGAAAUCAAAACGAAAACCUAUCACCAUCCAAUCUGAUGCGACCCGAUAGAAGGCAUCAACAAGAAAACGAGAAAAAGUUACGAACCUACAUAUCAACGAACACACCCAUUGUUCUUGGCGUCGAAAGACCAUCAGACGAUUCCAGAGGACCUUUUGAAUUAAGAAGACAAAAUCAAGAUCCACCAAGAAGCAGACACUUUUAUGAUAGCAGGCAUCAAGGGAGAGAUAGAGAGCCCAUUUGGAUGGAGCAGAAAAGACCCAAGGAAUCAACUCGGCCAUUUAGUGCAAAUGGAAUGAAACAUCCGGAGAACAGAAGAAAUCACGGACCAUCUCCGCCUAAUGACAUGGGACAGAGAGACGAAAUGGAAGAAAUGAGAAGAGAACGAGAGAGAAAGGAGGAAGAAAGGAGAAGGGCCGACAGAAGAAGAAUAGAGCAAGAGGAGAGGAGAUUGGAGGAGGAAGAUAGGAGAAGAAAGUCACAGCGGUACGAAGAGGAAAGAUUGUGGCACGAGAAAAUGAGAAGUCAAGGCGAGAGAAUGAGGCAAGAGUGGAUGCACGAGGCGAACAGGAGAUCUCAGGCAGAACGACGACCUCCUUGGAUUAGACCCUACCAAUUUCCCCCGUCUAACGAGAAGGGCUAUCAAUAUCCACCUCCCGAUGCAAAUAACAAAGGUUAUCAACCACCUCCUCCUCCUACUUUUAAUAACAAAGGAUACCAACCACCACCUGAUUUGAAUAAUAAAGGUUAUCAACCGCCUCCUUCACCGCCAGAUUUAAACCAAAAGGGUUAUCAACCACCACCUGAUUUAAAUAACAAAGGUUAUCAACCACCACCGGAUUUAAAUAAUAAGGGAUAUCAGCCACAGAGAAUAAAUCCUGAGUAUGAACGAGAUCGUCAGAGAUUAGAAGAGGAAAGAAGAAGGAAUGAUGUGGAAAGGCAGAACAGAGAACAUGAUAGCAGGUAUCAGGAAUUAAGAAGGAGACAGGAUAGUGUGAGGAGCAUGGACGAGUAUCGUAGACGACAGGAAGAGGAGAGUCUGAACUCUCUACCUGUGAGUGCGACGAUAAUAAUUCGUCCGGGAGGAUCCGGCACCAACUCCUCUUCUCCAGUGCUGUUCUCGAGAGGCGGCUUUGGUAGCGAAAUCGAUUUUCCGGGAAUUAAUCCGAAUCACAGAGGAAUUCAAGCUGCUCGAUUUCCAGCGCCAGCGACUCGAAGACCGCCAGUGAAAGGGCCAGGACCUUGUAUUUGGGCAGUGAUUCAUUGUUGUCCAAGAAGUGGUCAGGCGGCUAGUUGCUUCGAGACUUUGGGAUGUCCGGGAAUUAAUUGGGAUCAUAAUCACUGUAAUCCAACUAUUAUCGAAGCUGCGAGAAAGGAAGUAGCGAAAUUCUACAAUACUAAUUAAUUGAUUAUUAAUUGAAGUUUCUACUCAAACACGCAUUAAUCAUGUAUUUCCCUUUUAAUAUUAAUUGUGUAAUUAUUUGAUUGAUCAGUCGACUAGUUAUAAUUACAUAACUGUUGAUCAAUUAACUAAUUUUUAAAUUAAUACCAUUUUUUAAAAUUAUUAAUUAAACAUUAAAUUAUUAACGAAUUGAAUAUAAUUUUUAACUAUUCUUUCAUUGAUUAAUUGCUUCGUCAACUUUGUGUUCUAUCAUCGAACAAAAUUCACGUCAAGUUUGGCUUGUCCAAAAUCACACAACGAAUGUAAAUAGAAUAUCGAUUUCUAUUAUAAUAUAUUUAAUGAAUAAUAAUAUUUAUUAAAAUAA